AUGGCCCGUCUCAGUCUCUCCUUCCUUUCUGUUCUGUUCGUCCUCGCGGCGUUGGCCCUAUCUAUGCCCGUCAAGCGUGAUGAGCAGGCGCCCAGCCACGGCUUCACUCUUGAAAGCACACUCGAUCAACUGAAGAGCGCCACUAAGAUUAUGAACGGGCUUGAUGACAAGGACAACAAUGACGAGGAUAACCAGACAAAGCAUGCACCCGCCACCGAAAACGAAGCCCCAGCCAAGGAGCAGAAGAAGGAAGCCUCUACUCCGACUGCUGAUUCCAGCUCCGAUGAAUCCAAGUCCGAUGACAAGGGUACUCCUACCAAGAAGUUGUCUUCUGGUACCUUCGUUACUCCCACUGCUACCAACACUCACCACCCUACUUCUCAGCCCAACGCACUUGGCAAGCUUCCCCUUGUUGGUGGUCUGCUUGGUGGUGCUGGCGGUGGUCUUUAA